AUGUGGACAAAGUGUGUUGUGCUUUUAGCACUUGUGGCUAGAACAGAUGCUGGUCCCAUUAACAUUCAACAUGACGGGUUUGAUAACGACAUGUCCUGUGCGAUAUACUGUCCAGAGAACGUCAAGUUCCAGUACACGCCGGGCACGACGUACCAGCACGACUACUCCGUGCAGGUGGAGACGACGAUGGAAAACGCCUACGAAGAUUCGGCGACGCUCGAGAUAGCGGCCGUCGUCAACAUCGAGGUCUUGUCCAAGUGUGACUUAGCCAUGACGCUCCACCAUGUGAAGAUCGUUCACUCGUCAGAAACAAAGAUUCAGCUGUCACCUCACUUCAAGAUGUCUUUAGAGAGAAAUCCGCUUCGCUUCUCUUUCCAUGACGGCGAAAUUCCUAAUCUGUGUCCAGUGAACGAUGAAGAAAAGUGGGUUCUUAACUUUAAGAGAGGUGUGCUGUCUACCAUACAGAACACAAUGGACAACUUGGAACAUGACCAGAAGACAAAAGAGAGUGAUGUCACUGGAGAAUGCUUCACUGAAUACAAGGUUACCAAUCGUGGUUGGUAUUCAACUACAGUAAAGAAGUCCAAAGAUCUUAUUGGCUGUAAUGAUCGUCAUGGUUACCAGAGCAGCAUCCAUGCUAUGCCUUACAGUGCUUCUUCGAAAAUCCAGUCUCUUCCUCUGAUGAAGAGCACCCAUGAGUGCGAACAGGAACUGGAUAAAAGUGGUUUCUUGAAGAGCGCCACCUGUAGGGAGGUUCAUGUCUUUCGACCAUUUUCUAAGGAGAACAGCGGGGCUGUCACCAAAGUUUCUCAGAAAAUAACCAACACAGGACAGUUUGAUGGCAUUUCAGUAGCUCAAGACGUUGUCCUGAAGAGAGUGAACCUGCUGUUUGAGCACGAGCGUCUUAUGACGAGUGAUGACCACAGACACAGCCUCAUCUCCAAACUGGACGAGAUCUGUACCGCGACGGCGGAGGACAUCCGUCCAGAGGUUCCCGGGAUCUUCGCCCAGCUCGUCUCCAUCAUGAAGAACCUGGACAGUGAGACAAUCCGAGACGUCUACUCACAGAUCUUGGACAAAUCCAUCUGCAAGGAAAACAACAGACGGACAAAGCAGUUUUUUCUGGACGCGAUUCCAAUGGCUGGUACGGCGUCUGCUACUCGAGUCCUGAAGGAAAUGAUCAUUGGUAAAGAGGUCUCUGACCACGUCACAAAGAUGUGGCUCAUGUCCCUCGCCUUUGUGCAGGAUCCUUGCUACAAAGUAUUGAUGGAAGCUAAGGUUUUACUUGACAACCCGGCAACCAGCCUACAGUCCAUGCUACCAGUAUCUACACUGGUCAACAACUAUUGUAAACAACAUGCAUCGUGUGAGAAUGACCAGCCUGUGAUCGACAUCGUCAACACUCUUCUCAAACACAUCGAGCCAGGCUGCUUCAUUCACAGCACCAAUGUAGCCAGCGUUCUUCAGGCGCUGCGAGCUCUCGGCAACGUGGGCCACGUUGUUACGGUAACCAGGAGCAUCAGCCAGUGUUUUCUGAUGAUGGUGAACCCGGAUGAGGUGAAGAUUUCUGCAGUACAAGCCUACCGCAGAUUACCCUGCUCAGCAGAUAGAUCGGAUGUCUUGAAUGUAUUCACAGAUUUGACUCUGGAUUCAGAACUGAGAAUCGAGGCUUACUUGGCCACCAUGCAGUGUCCUGACGAUGACGUUAUAGAAAUUGUCAGACAGACCUUGACCCGAGAGACAGACAAACAAGUGGGGUCGUUUGUCUGGUCUCACAUUACAAACCUGAUGGAAUCAUCCAGUCCUCACAAGCAAAACCUGAAAACCAUCCUCAAAGACGAAAACCUCCUCAAAGAGUUUGACCUUGAGAAAAUGAAGUAUUCACGCAACUACGAAGGAUCGGUCUUCAUAGAUAAAUUCAACAUUGGUGCCCUCGCAGACAGUAAUCUCAUCUGGUCUGGAAAGUCCCUAGUUCCUCGCUCGGCAGUGGUGAACAUAACGGUGGAUCUUUUUGGCAAUUCCAUCAAUCUGUUUGAAAUUGGUGGUCGUUUGGAAGGUUUGGAAUAUCUGCUGGAAACCUACCUAGGACCGUAUGGCUAUUUUAGUGAAAAGAAAACAAAGAAAAGUGCUGCCAAGUCAAAACUGAAUUUGGAUCAGCUGAAAGCAUCGGGAUACAUGCGAAUGUUUGGAAACGAGUUAUCUUUCCUACGCAUGCACGGAGUUGAUAAAAUUAAAGGCUUCAACUUUCUGAAGUUCCUUAUCGACCUGUCAGCCAACCACGACUAUUCCUUCACACAGAGCGUUCUGUUCCUAGACAGCAGUCUCAUCGUCCCCACCGGGUGCGGCCUCCCCCUCAACCUGACUGUCAAUGGAGCAGCGACGAUUGACCUCAAAGCCAGUGGGAAAAUUGACCUGCGUAAAAUACACACGAGUCCUCGGAGUCUCCUUGUUGAUGGGGUCUUCCAGCCCAGGUUCGUUUCAGAUGAUGCAAGUUGUAUCUCAUUUAAAAAAUAUUAUUCUGAAGCAUGA